UCUCUCUCAAAUUCUGUUGAAGACAAAGCAAAAUGUUUACUCAACAAACUCAAAGGCAAAUCAAAGAAGGAGAUAGGAGAUAUUCUGAGAGAGAACAAUAUACCAGGAGGAGUGUUUCCCAGCAACAUAAAGUGUUACGAGUACGAGGAAUCAAAGGGGAAGCUGACAGUGCAUCUUCCCUAUCCAUGUGAGGUGUGUUUCAAGGACUCAUCCCUUCUCAGGUACUCCACACGUGUGAAGGCCACCUUGUCGAGGGGCAAACUCACCGUUCUGGAGGGCAUGAAGACGAAGCGUCUGGUUUGGGUGAAGGUGUCAAGUGUGAGCGUUGAAAGCUACAAGUCUGACAAAGUUUGCUUCACAGCUUCUGGUGUGAAGAUAAGCAGACCCAGAGACGCCUAUGACUUGCCUCGUCCAGCCAUUCAAGUCCAUGACUUUUGACUCCCUUUCAAUAAUAGUCUCACUCUAAUCUCUCUGUUUCCUUUCAAUCUUGUCCCUAUUACCAUAUUAAUAACCUGCCUAGCAUGAUCUCUUCGAACUUAACUUAUUAGUAUUUGCUGAUGCCAUAUAUCGUGGGAGGUUUGAGGUUGGUUUUUACAUUUUUAUGCACUGUUAUGCUUAGACAGGAAUUUGGUUAGUCCUUUUCAGCUCUUAACUACAAUAUGUGAGUCCUAUUUGAGGA